AUGGAUUGGAUGGGAUAUUAUAUUCUUGGAAUCGCUACCGCUAUUGUUAUUAUCUUCUUAAUAAUUAUGACAUUUCUUACAUGGUUCUUCGUAUCUCGUUGUUGGAAAAAUAAAUACACAGAAAGUGAAAUACCAAAUGAUCCUUUUGCCGAAGUGAAUUACACGGCAGUUCAAGAAGAUGAUGACUUACCAUUAAAUGCUAAUUCAGAAGAAAUGUCAUUGAUAGACAAAAUGAAUAGUGACGAAUAUGAGAUGGUGUUGAUCACAUACCCACGUUCAUACGACAUAUCAAAAAUUAAACAAUUGACCUAUAACUCUAAAGGUAAAAAAAAUACUGUAGUUCCUAUGGAAAAGACUUCAUACCAAAGCGUUAUUCCAUUGGUUAAUAAUAAGAAAAAGAUGUCAGUUUCAAAACCAUUUGUUGAUGGACUUGAGGUUAUUAUUCCAGAAGAGUAUAAAGACCAAGAAAAAGAAGAAGAUAUUGAUUUCUUUCAUUCAUCAAAAGAACCUAAAUAUCACUUUGUUGAUUGGCGUACUAUUACUGUUCAAAGUAAACCAGAAUGGCUAACCCUAUGUAGAAAAUCUGAAUCAAGUCUUAGCAAACAAAAAAAAGAAGAAGCUAAACAAAAAGAAAUUAAACAAAAAAAGGAAGAAGCUAAACAAAAGAAAUUAUCUAAAAAAGAAGCUAAGAAAGAAUCAUUGAGUGAAAAAAUUAAACGUAAGAAUGCAAAAGUAUCAUCUUCUUCAUCUUCUUCUGACUCAGAAUAA